UUGAGUCGUUGUAGUCUUCCCGGAUCUUGCCAACAUUUUCGUAUUGUUCCGUGUUCGAAAAUUGUUGUGGUUGUUUGUCAACCAUGUUGGUUUUGUUUAACGUUUUCGUUAUUCUCAAUGGUCUACCUAAUGUUUUAUUACUGCUGUAGACUGUAUAGUAUCUCGUUUAACGUUUAAAAAAGAAAAAUACAAUUUAUUUUUCUAUUGUUGAUUAUUAACGAAGAUUAUAUUAUUUAAAAUCAAAUAUCGAUAGAAACAUAUGAAAUACUUUAACAACUUAUUUAAGCAUAUCUAUUUUACUAAAAGAAAUAUGUCUUCUUUUAAAUUAUUUUUAUGGGAAAAUUCGAUGUUUGUUAACUGUUUGAUUCCGACGGGUGAGACCGAACUAAAAAUGAUGGUGACUCUACCAUCUCCAUUUAACAAGUUGCACAGAAUAAACUUGUGUCGAAGCCCCGAAGAUACAAUAAGAAUAUUUAUUGACAGACUUGCUUUAAAGUUAUCACAAACUCAACGCAAAGUUAGUGAUAGUGAAAAGCUUAAGAAAAACUGUGUAGAAAUAAAAGUGAAUGGAAUCAAAGUACCAUAUACUUCUAAAUGCUAUGAAAUAUUUGAGGAAAUAAAAGAAAAUAUUACCCUUGAAAUUAAAGAUCAUACGUAUAAAGUAAUAGUUAAUGCACCAAUAAUCAACGAAUUUAAAUUGGGAAUUCCUCCAUAUCAAGGAUUAAUGAUGUAUCCCUAUGCAUUUGAUCAGGGAUAUAAUGUCUCUGUUAUGGAUACUCAGUAUUUAUGGUACAGAAUUGAUUCAAAAAAAGAAAUUGAAGUGGGAAAUAGUAUGACUUAUAUACCUACUGCCGAGGAUGUUAAUUGUCGUCUAAAAUUGGUGUGUAGUCCUUUUAAUGAUGAAGGGCAAUCUGGACCUACAGCAGAAAUAAUAUCUUCAACAGUCUUAGAAAAUACUAUUAAAAUCUACCCAUUUGAAAAAAGAUUAAAAACAAAGCCAUAUAAUAGUAUUAGAGUUGUAUCAUACAAUAUACUUGCUGGAGAAUAUACAAAAACUAAGGAAGCAAAAAAUGAAAUGUAUCCAUAUUGUCCAGAAGAAAUUUUAGCAUCCAGUUAUCGGCACCCUCUUGUAAUGAGAGAACUUCAAGCAUACAAUGGAGAUAUAAUUUGUUUGCAAGAAGUGGAUAAGCUUUUUUUUCAUAGAGAGUUAUGUCCUAUUUUAAAACAAUUCAAGGACAUGACUGGAUUAUAUUUUAAAAAGAAUGGCCGUAGGAAUGAAGGACUGGGUUGUUUUUAUUCUCCUAAUAAAUUCAAUUUAUUAGAACAAUUUGAUAUUAGUUUGAAUGACCUGACUACUAUAGAAUUGUAUUGCGGACCUAUUAUAAAAGAAAUUAUGGAUGAUGAGAAGUGGAAACAAGGAUUAGAAAAAAGAACUGUUUUCCAAGUCUUAGCUUUAGAAUUGAUUUCUGACAAAAAACAAAUAUUCUUAGUAUGCAAUACUCAUUUGAUAUCUGAUCCAGAAGGUGAUUUUAUUAGAUUGUUUCAAGCGUUAAUUGAACUAAUUAUUAUCAAUAAAAUAAAACAAAAUAUCACUAAGGAUUAUCUCGGAAGCAAUGUAUCGGUUAUAUUCUGUGGAGAUUUCAACAGUACACCUGAAAGUGGCGUUUAUGAUUUAGCCACCAAUUUAUUAUUACCAGAAAAACAUAGAACAGUAAAAAUGCUAAACGAUUUAAAAAAUAAUCUUGACUUUAAAAUGGAUAGUGCAUAUGAUACCGAUGUCCUGUACAGUAAUUAUACUGAAACUUUUUUCGGUCUUUUAGAUUAUAUAUUCUUUACAAAUCAACAUCUUGAGCUUAUUCAGGUAUUAUCCAUGCCAUCACAUGAUGAUGUUAUCCAAUAUGGUGGAAUUCCAAGCGUAUUAUUUCCUUCAGAUCAUUUAGCUUUAAUUGCAGACUUUAAAAUAAAAUAAUUUAUCUAUUUUAUAAUGAUAUUUUCUUUUAUUAUAUUUAUAUUUUUAAAAUAAUAUUUCUAAUAGUACCUCUAAUUUUGUGUAAUGUUUAUUAUAAUGUUACAAUAACUAUAAAAUUUAAGCAUAUUUUGUAGAUCCAAUUUGUUCCUAUUUUGAAUAUAUUUAGUUUCUGUAUGUAUACAGAUAGGGCCUGGUUUUAUAUGAAAAAAAAAUCCUAAUUUUUAACCCCGUCACUUAUUUCUAUAUUUGUUGUACGUUAAAAACAUAUAUGUCCUGAACCCUUAAUGUUUUUUGUGUGUAUUUGGCUCUGAUUAGUUCUCCAAAGUCUAACACUACUCUGAUAAAUGGAAUGGCGGAGGAAGUUUUUUUUUGACCAUGUAAUAGUUUUAACGCGCAGCAAGUGUGCAUUUACUAUUUUAUUCACUUGGUGUGUUUGUGUUUUUUGACACUAUAUUCAUAAUCAGAGCCCUUGCACAAUCUUGGAAUUAUUGUAAAAAUAAAUCAUAACAUUAAUUUUAAGUUGUAACUUAAAUA